AUGCCUUCACGCCGUUCCGCGGAGACGCCGCAGCCUUCUGGCUUCCAGGCCGAGUCACAAGAGCCUCAAGUGACGACCUCAUUCAUCACCGAGGAACCGAGGGGUCAUUCAAUCUCAAGAAUAUCACUUAUCACCACUGCCAGCGACCACUCCGGCAUGGCGCCGUAUCCUUCUAGCUUCCAGGUCGAGGAUCCAAACGGCUAUUCAAUGACAAGAAUGUCACUCAUUACCACUGCGAGCGACCACUCCGGCAUGGCGCCGCAUCUUUCUGGCUUCCAGGUUGAGGAUGCUUAUGAAAUGAGAAGAAUGUCAGAGAUCACCACUGCCAGCGACCACUCCGGCAUGGCGCCGUAUCCUUCUGGCUUCCAGGUCGAGGAUCCAAACGGCCGUUCAAUGGCAAGAAUGUCGUUCAUCACCACUGCGAGCGAUCACUCCUAUGCAGCUUAUGCAAGCUCCGACGAGGGCACACCCACCGGUCUUGUGGGCAAUAUUCGACGUCUUGUGGGUAACAUUCGACGAUACUUCCAAUCGCGCCGUGACAACAAUCAUGAGUCGUCCGGUCGCCUUGGUCGUGCUCGGCAACAUCUCGGAUUCGCCGGUCGCCACACCGGCCGUCGAUUCCGUCGGCGGUUACAUGACCUCCGCGAGCAGCGAGGUGAGAGACAACGUCACGAGCGGGAGCUCAGACGAUUGGAGAACCUCCUCGCCAAUCGUCCACCAAGGACGAGCACCGUCGAUUGGGACUUCCAGCCCCAAACGGACUGGCGAAUCCUGCCUUCGCCGUGGCAGCGUGAGUCUGACCACGAGCAGGGAUCGACGGCAGAUCCCUUCGGUGAGGACUAG